GGGNNNNCGGGGCGCCGCGGGGCGCGGAGGUGCUGCUGAGCGCGGCCGGCGGCGGUAUUGCUGAAAUCCUAAUGAAUCGACCCCACGCGAGAAAUUCACUGGGAAAAGUAUUUGUAAAUGAACUGUUCGGUGCCCUGGAGCGGCUCCGCUUCGAUGAGCAGGUGCGUGUGGUGGUGUUCAAGAGCCAGGUGAAAGGAGUGUUCUGUGCAGGAGCAGAUUUAAAGGAACGUGCACAGAUGGAUGAUGCAGAAGUUGGAGAGUUUGUUAGAAGACUGAGAAAUCUUAUGGAUGAAAUAGCUGCCCUGCCUGUGCCCACGAUCGCUGCAAUCGAUGGCUACGCCUUGGGCGGUGGAUUAGAGCUGGCCCUGGCCUGUGACCUCCGAGUAGCAGCUUCAUCAGCUAAAAUGGGGCUUAUUGAGACCACACGAGGACUUCUGCCUGGAGCAGGUGGAACGCAGCGCCUGCCCAGAUGUGUUGGAAUAGGUCUUGCAAAGGAACUCAUUUUCACUGGCAGACAGGUUGAUGGAGACCAGGCAGCCUCCAUGGGGCUGGUAAACCACUCAGUGCCACAGAACAGCGAGGGAGAUGCAGCUUACCAGAGAGCUUUGACUUUGGCUAAAGAAAUCCUGCCCCAGGCACCAUUUGCUGUGAAAAUGGGAAAACUGGCAAUAAACAAAGGAAUGGAGGUUGACAUUGCAUCAGGGAUGGCUAUUGAGGGGAUGUGUUAUGCCCAGAAUAUUCCCACCAAAGACCGUCAGGAAGGGAUGGCUGCCUUCAGGGAGAAGCGACCACCUCGGUUCACCGGCAAAUAACGCUUCCUGCUUCCCCUUCAGUUUCUGGAGAUGGAGCAGGACUGAGGAGGAUCCACUGUUUUCUUAGGAUUAUUUUUAUGACACCAUUCUGUGCACUUAACUCCCUGCCUUGGACUGCAUUUCUAACUAUUCCACUGGAUCAUUCUUCUGUACAAAUCUCCAAAUAAAGAUUUAACUUUGUACACCAGA